GGCGGCCCGACAACUCCUCAUGGCGGCGGCUGCUGUUGGGCUGCAGUGGGGCGGUGACUGAACUGGUGCCUGGCGGGCGUGCGCCGAGCCCCGGCCUGGCCUCCGCGUGCCCCCCAGGCUCUGCACCCCUGAUGCUGCUCGGGUGCUGACCCCGCCCGGCCCGGACAAUGGUGAAGUAUUUCCUGGGCCACAGCGUGCUCCGGAGUUCCUGGGACCAAGUGUUCGCUGCCUUCUGGCAGCGGUACCCGAAUCCCUACAGCAAACAUGUCUUGACGGAAGACAUAGUGCACCGGGAGGUGACCCCUGACCAGAAGCUCCUGUCCCGGAGACUCCUGACCAAGACCAACAGGAUGCCCCGCUGGGCCGAGCGACUGUUUCCUGCCAAUGUCGCUCACUCAGUGUACAUCCUGGAGGAUUCCAUUGUGGACCCACAGAACCAGACCAUGACCACCUUCACCUGGAACAUCAACCACGCCCGGCUGAUGGUGGUGGAGGAACGAUGUGUUUACUGUGUGAACUCUGAUAACAGCGGCUGGACCGAAAUCCACCGGGAAGCUUGGGUCUCCUCUAGCUUAUUUGGCGUCUCCAGAGCUGUCCAGGAAUUUGGUCUCGCCCGGUUCAAAAGCAAUGUGACCAAGUCAAUGAAGGGUUUUGAGUACAUCUUGGCCAAGCUGCAAGGUGAGGCCCCUUCCAAAACCCUUGCUGAGACAGCCAAGGAAGCCAAGGAGAAGGCAAAGGAGACGGCACUGGCAGCUACAGAGAAAGCCAAGGACCUAGCCAGCAAGGCAGCCACCAAGAAGCAGCAGCAGCGGCAGCAGUUCGUGUAGCCAGCGCAGACCCUGGGUGGCAGCACAUACACCACCUGCUGCGCUCCCUCUGCCCUCCCCCGUAUUUUAUUAUUAAAAGUCAACUUCCAGCCUGAUCUCCUCUCUGGGUAGUGGGUUGGAGGUGGUAUCUGUUUGGCAUCUACAGUGCAUCAGACCUGUUACCUGUAUCUGAACCAGGCCUGCUUCUUCCUGCAUUGCAUAGCUGAGGAGAGACUUGCCCAGGGUCACGGACAGCAUUCAGGCAAAGUGGUCAUAAACACUAGACUGUAAGCUCCAUGAGGGCAGGGACCUUCGUUUUGUUCUCUGCUGCAUCCCAAGUAUCUGGAACAAUAUCUAGCUCAUAAUAGACACUCAAUAAAUAUUUGUUGAAUUCAA